AUGGACUUUCUUCUGGGAAAAUUCUCGCAGUCCAUCAGGAAAGAAACCUACAGAAGCAAGAUCCAAGCCAACAAGGAUUGGACAAUGGCGCAGAUGUUUGAGGACCUUGAGCAAGUGAUCAAAAUCGAGGAGGAUCUUCGGGUGUGUAUGGGACCCGGAGAGGAAUCCGAGAAGACGACGAUCGAGCAAGGGCAAUCUACAUUCCAAGAACCAAAUCCGAACAACGCGUUCGGAGGUGGUGUUCGACAAAAUCAAGAUCCUGGGUGUGCGUUCUGCAAAGAAGGUGAUCAUCAACCGAACGAUUGCCGGAACGUCCAGUCAAACGCUGACAGACGUUCGAUCCUGCAGAGAGAAGAUCGCUGUUUCAACUGCUGUCGAGUUGGGCACGUCAUCAAGGAGUGCACAAGCCGAAUGAGCUGUGAUUCAUGUCAAGGUCGGCACAGCACUGCUAUUUGCCCAACGAGAGGAAAGAUUUACGCAACGAGCGCAAAUCAGAAGACGACGGUCAGGAAAUACGAGGCCAAAACAGAGGAUAUCAAGCCUUCGGACGGCGCCGUAUCCAUGAACGUGGCGCGAGUCAAAACGAAGGACGAAGAAGCAGAGAGUGCCUCGGUUCACCAAGCGCCAUCGACUCAUUUACAGGAGAAAACGGAAGGAUUUCUGCCGACAAUUCGAACGAAGGCUCGCAACGCCGAGACGGGAGAUUGGAAGCCAAUCACCGUCAUGGUUGAUUGUGGAGCGACCAACACGUUCAUCCGAGGAAAAACAGCUAAAGAUCUACAGCUGAAACAACUACCACCCGAUUCCUUCCCGAUGGAAAUCUUCAACGCCAAAACGAAGCGCGCUAAGAAGUACGAAAGAUCGGAAAUCGAAAUCGGAUUAGGCAACGCGCCCAUUUUGAUCGACGCCCUCCAUGCAUCGCGCUUGACAGGGAAAAUCAUCAGACCUCGACUGUCGAACGAAGACAGAGAGUUCAUGAUCAAGGAGGAAAUCGAUCCUCAUCAAGACCUAUCAGAUGGAGGCAACGAGCCCGACAUCAUAAUAGGCUGCGACCACUUCGGCAAAGUGGUCAAAGAGAUGAUUGAACUUCCGUCGGGACUCACACUCUGGAGGACGAUCUUCGGAUUCUUACCAAUGGGAAGCGCAUGGAAGAAAGGUGGAAGACGUGAUCCAACUGAUCCGUACAUCAAGAGAGUCUAUUCGGAUCGCCAAAGCGGGAUCAGGGAACGGAAGGAUUUCGUCGAACACGAGCCGGGCGCCUCAGAGGCUCCGGGACUCCACGCCCUACCUAUCGAAACUGUAGCCGUCGGAACGACCGAUGACUAUGGGCCACCGGACAAGCUUCAGAAUCAGAACGAAGAUGACCACCAUGUGGGCCGGGAGGGUCAUACGCAAUCAAAUUCGUAUGAGUCGGUUCUCCCCCACAUACGCCACGACUGCUCUGCGAAUCAACCGACGGGAGACCAGGAAUCAACGCACCAAAUCACAUCACGGGAAACGAACGCCGUUUCCUGCAACCCAGUCAAUGCUCGUCCCAGCAGUCAUCACGCAUCAACCAUCACCCCCACCCGCAAGGUUACCGAAAGAGAACGCCUCUUUCGGACAACCAAACUUUCGUCACAUCACGAGGAACCGGAAGAGAACGACUCCGCCGGUUACCAAACCCCGUAA